AUGGAGUCGCUUCCCCGUGAGCUGAUUGAUGCGAUUCUCCGGCAAUGCGUCGCCUUAUCAUCCCGGAAUUAUAUCCUAGAUCUGCGUCUCGUGUGCAGGGCCUUCGACCGCUUUCUCAAGCCCUACGCGUUGCGGACCAUUGCCCUCGAAUUCAGCCGCCUCAGCAAGAACAGCCGCCGUCGGCAGCCGGAUAUCGAUUCCCUUCAGACAAUUGGGUACCACUGCAAGUCAAUGUAUAUUGACUUGAUGGUUCUGCGCGAUGAAUUAGAAUUUCUGUCAACCAUCUUCGAUCGAAUACCCUCCAUGAAGCACUUCGUCCAGACACUCCAACGCCAGUACUGCAUGUCGCCUGCCUCCUUCACAACGCUAGACUACCGUCAUACCCUCGAAUCAAUCCUCUUCAACUGCCAGUUCGUUUCCUCGUUGCGCCUGAAUCUACCCUUCCAGCUCGUCGGCCACCGCUGCAAUGCCGCGACAAUGAUCCUCGCGAACACCUUUUCCGCCUUCUCCCGUCGCCCUGAAGACUCACUUUCACUCAAAACGCUUGUGCUGGAAAACGUGUCAGAUCAAGCUGUGGUCGACCUCUGGACCAACCCCUCUGAUGUUCUUGCCAUCAUGCGCGCCAUCCUCCAACUCGAACACCUAGUGAUAUCAUUUCGUCGUCACGAGGUUGAUCCUCCCCGCGUGGCCUUCUAUGGCACAUGCCUGUGGGAUCUUAUCCACAAUGCCGAAGUUCUACAGACCCUUUGCCUAUCUGGCACCGACGAUGACCGUCCACCCAGGGGCCUCAAGCAAACAAAAGCAUGGAACAUGACGAUAGACGAGUGGAGGGCUCGCGCUCUCCCUUCUCCGCUGAUUACGCUUCCGUUUCUGACGGCCCUCGAAUUGAAGCGCGUCGAGAUCACGCCGAAUGUUCUUCGAUGUGCUGCGCGCAAUUUCGGCGAGACCCUACGCGAGCUGUACCUGAACGAGGUCUACCUCAAAGCCGAACAGGGCCAUAACCUCAAUGAAGACUCAAAGGAAAUCCUCUGGAUCGGACUCCCAAACCAGCGACCCGGCCUCCACGAUGACUGGAUGGCCAUGAUUAUCCGAGAUUCUUGUCCGAAGCUCCAUACAUGCCGUGCUUCUUUCCUCGGCUACGACCUCUACACCCGUGACGAUCUGCCGCCGUCACCUGCGCCCUCAUCUCCCGACUUUGACUUCAUCGACCCCUGCGGACUCGGCCGCUCGAUUGCGCAACGCUUCGUCGAAGUCGCACUGGGCUAUCACCAGCCGCCUCAGUCGGACGGGUCGCCCGUGUCCUACCUGCCGGCCUUAGCCUCCAACGACUACCUGCUUACUCAGAUGCGGCCUAGAACGCGCGCGCUGCGAGUCACCGAGUACGACGCCAAUGCCUACCAGACGGCGGUGGAUAACUCCACGAGCGGUUGGCAACGCAGCAUUGACGGCGUGUUUCCCAACUGCAACAGCGGCACCCUCGAAGAACUUCACUACAUUGCCGAGACUGCGUGUCAGGGUAUGAAUGAGAUUCAGCGGCAGCGCAACGAGCACGUGGGCCAAGGUGAAGGGGUUGACGGCGAAGCUGGCAACGGCGAGAACGGUGGCGGCGGUGGAAAUCUAGCAGAGAACCUUCUGAACCUGAACUUUGCAGAGGAGUAA